AUGGGACGCGGACUCGAUUUGCCGGCCGUCAAUCUUGUCAUCAAUUUCGAUCUUCCCACAACAAUCGUUCAAUACAUUCAUCGAAUAGGUCGAACUGGACGAGCUGAACGCAAAGGACAUGCUAUUACGUAUUUCACACAGAGUGAUUUCAAGUACGUUCGUCCGAUCGCGAGUGUCAUUCGUCAGGCCGGGUUUUCAGUCCCCGAGUACACGCUGAGCUUAAAUCCGAUUGCCAGAAAAGAAAAGAAAGCGAUUUAUCGACACGCGAUCAAGCGAAAGAACAUAGCUGCACCAAGAAAAAGAACCGCAAAAAAAUCGUCGAAUGAAAAAACCCAAAGGAAAAGACGCAAAUCGACG